AUGUUCCAUCACUACGUACCUCGCUGGACCGCGGCGCAUAACUUUCUGUCGGCGGCGCUAUGUGGCGCUGGCAUCGGGCUGUACUCGCUCGAGGAGUGCAUCAAGGAUGAACUGACGUUCCUCACCGAGCAGCUGAGCGAGGUCAGGGGGCAGUCUAUCGACGUGUGCGAGCUAUUCAACAAGGCGGCCUUCAACAUCGUCGCUGUCGUCUGCGUUGGAAGCAGGAUGUGGAGCAGAAUCGCCUCCAUUUCAACACAAGCCAAAGUGAAAUGCGUCGAGUCGGACAGCUUACCUUACCUCAGCCAAAGAAACACGCGCGGACGUCUCACAGCACGAACCCGGAGCGGAGACACCAGCGACGAGCACCUAGUGCAGAUGAUCUUCGACUUGAUGACGGGGAGCAGGAGUGCGAUGACGUGGUUUGCUGUGUACGUCGCCGCGCAUGCCGACGUGCAGAGGAAGAUGCAGGAAGAAAUCGAACGCGUCGUGGGUCACGACCGGCGCGUAUCUCUCGAGGACCGGCCACGCAUGCCGUACACGAUGGCCGUCAUUAACGAGUCGCUGCGGUUAGGAACACCGACUCCGUUCUCUCUGCCGCACGCACCGAUUAAAGACAGCACAUUCCGAGGCUUCCACCUACCCAAGACCUGCACUGUCGUCGCUAACAUAUGGUCCGUGCACCACGACGAGAAAGAAUGGCCGAACCCGGAGGUGUUCAAUCCGGAUCGAUGGCUGGAUGCCGACGGACAACUCAUUCAGCAUAAGGCGUUCAUGCCCUACUCUGUCGGUCGCAGGAAGUGCGUAGCCCAUUGGCUAGCUGACGCACAGAACUUCAUAUUUCUUACCAACAUCCUCCAGAACUUCACCUUAGGGACAUCUUCUAGCGGGGUAGAGGAGCCGAAGCUGCUCGCUGGUAGUCCGCUUCGUGAACCAACCUCUGCAUCGAUUACCGUGGGAACCAGAGCGUAUUAAGCUAGGCAGCGAAGGCGUAGGCACCGUCCAUAUCUCAAUCACGACGAUACUUGUAUAAGUUGGCACGCACCCGCACAUUACUAUUCUCAAAGACAGUCAACCCUGUAUGUAACGUGUGCGUUUUACAGUAUCUGAACACCGUAGUCUAAACUAUAGCUUGAGGAUGAGUACUUAAUUAAUCAUUAAUUAAUUAAAAAGUUAGAUAAUUCCUUAUUUCGCAAAAUGAAUAGACUAUGUUUGAUGCUUUUUCACAUCUUUUUUAAUAUAUAGACCAUAUAUAAAAAAACGUAAAAAAUAGAAACAUUAUAAGUAGGCAAUAAAUAGGUGAACUAAUAGUUUUCGUUCCCUUUCGUAUAAUAUUAUGAUGAUUGGUGCUUUUAGAUAUCGAGGCAUAUCAGUGUUGGUUGUGAAUUUUACGGCUUUUGAAGUUAAUUAUUGUAUUUGAUGCUUGUGUUUUAUAGUAUUUACAGGCAGUGUUUUAUAGUAUUUACAGGCACAUAGUGUAAGCAGUAGGAGUUGUGAAAGUGUUGUUAUAUAAAAUAUAAAUGAGUACGGUACAAGCAUAAAGCGGACAAGAGAAUGAAUAUCAUUAGGAUAUCAUGAAGGUUAAUUAUGGUAAAAGUUUAUGGAAACGCCAUCGAGCAAGUGUGCGCAGUAAAUUGCCGGUACUAUAGAUCGUAACACUGUUGUCACAGCGAAUUCGUGGUAAAAGUUUGUUUUUGUGAAGCUUUGUCAAAUCCCAUAAAUCCCAACAGCGUAUAUAAUACCGUUUUCUUAUUGGACGAUUAUUUGUGGACAGUAUCGAUACAUUUGCCGUUAUGUGGAUACGGGAUCGACAGUGUACGCGCACUUGCAUGACAAAAAGGCGCAAAGAAGUUAUGCGAUAAUAAUGUGAUAUAACGUUAUUUAUAAAACCAGCUUCUCAAAACAUAUUAGUAUCACACGCACUAGUGCAUUAGUAUCGCAAAAACUAGAAUUAUAUGGCAUUUCAAUAGAAAAACUAGAGCACUCGGAGAGCACAGACCUCCGCCAAGGCAGCUCAAUUCUCUCACUGUAAAAAUUUUUAUUAAUUAAUUAAUUAAUUAAUUAAUUAAUUGGAUCCGGUUCACCACCAAAAUCUCAUCAAUUCUAAGUUACCCCAUUUCUGACGUAUCCUGAAAAUUUUAUGACAAUCUGUCCAUAACUUUUUCAGUUAGGCUGUACACAAACCCACAAACAGUCAAACACACGCCGGUGAAAACAUAACCUCCUGCCAACCCCUUGGCGGAGGUAACAAUAUCAUAAAUUUAGUUUACUGUAUGAUAUGUAGUUCAUAUAAUGCUAUUGAUGGUUGGAAGUCUUAAAUAAAUAUUCUUGAUCAUCUGAUCAAAAUUUAA